AUGUCUCAGAUGGAGCCCAUCCCUGGUGGUAAUCUGCCUCCUGGUUUUGAUUCUUCCUCUUGUCGUAGCGUUUAUGUAGGAAAUAUUCAUGUAAACGUCACUGACAAACUUCUUGCUGAAGUUUUCGCCACUGCUGGCCCUCUUGCUGGAUGCAAACUCAUCAGAAAGGAUAAGUCAUCAUAUGGUUUUGUGGACUACCAUGACCGAUCAUCUGCAGCACUUGCAAUAAUGACAUUGCAUGGACGCCAACUUUAUGGUCAGGCGCUUAAAGUGAAUUGGGCAUAUGCCAAUAGCCAAAGGGAGGAUACAUCAGGGCAUUUCCAUAUAUUUGUUGGUGAUUUGAGUCCAGAGGUUACUGAUGCAACUUUAUUUGCAUGCUUCUCGGUCUUUCCUAGUUGCUCCGAUGCAAGGGUCAUGUGGGAUCACAAAACUGGCCGCUCGAAAGGAUAUGGCUUUGUUUCAUUCCGUAAUCAGCUGGAGGCACAAAGUGCAAUUAAUGACUUAACUGGUAAAUGGCUUGGAAACAGGCAGAUAAGAUGUAAUUGGGCAACUAAAGCUAUCGGAUCCAAUGAAGAUAAGCAAAACAGUGAUAACCAAAAUGCAGUUAUACUUACUAAUGGAACUUCAGCAGAAGGAGGUCAGGAAAACACUAAUGAAGAGGCUCCUGAAAACAAUCCUGCAUACACCACUGUCUAUGUCGGCAAUCUUUCCCAUGAGGUCACUCAAACCGAGCUGCAUAGUCAUUUUCAUGCUCUUGGGGUAGGCGUAAUCGAGGAGGUGCGUGUCCAGAGAGAUAAAGGUUUUGGAUUUGUCAGAUACAACACUCAUGAAGAAGCAGCCUCAGCCAUACAAAUGGGCAAUGGGAGGAUAGUUUGUGGAAAGCCCAUGAAGUGCUCAUGGGGUAGCAAGCCAACUCCUCCUGGAACAGCUUCAAAUCCAUUGCCACCUCCAGUUCAACCAUAUCAUAUCGCUCCAUCAACUGGCAUAAACCAAGGCUAUUCUGCGGCUGAUUUGCUGGCCUAUCAGCGCCAACUUGCCUUAAACCAGGCUGCUGCAUCUGGCCUUUCAGGGCAAGCUCUUGUACAGCUGACUGGACAGCAUGGCCUAGCUUCUGCAUCGAUGGGCUUGAGCUCCGGCGGGUCCCAAGCUCUGUAUGAUGGAUAUCCUAAUAGUUUGGCCGCUCAGCAGCUCAUGUAUUACCAUUCAAGCUAUGGGUGCCCUCACCUACCUCCUUUUUUGGGUCAUAGAAAUGUCUCAGAGCACUUUGAACUCAUGGAAGAAAAUAUACCCGAGGUUUUUCAUGAAAAGGAGAAGAAGCUGAGGAGUAUAAGUCUCCAAGCCAUUACGAGGGAGUAUGAAAUCAAAUUUGAUAAACUGAUUCUUUUGGGAUAG